GCAUAAAAGGAUUAAAGAGGCCAAGCAUUGUACAGACUAAACAAGAUCACAAGUGUGUAUAUAGAUUUGAUGGGUGUCAGAAGCAGCAAGGCGGUGGAUCCGGUGGUGAGCCGGAGAUACUCAUCGGAAUCAGAGGCGAUGCUUGUGGUGCGGCGAAGACCACAUAUGGUGAAUGGAGGAGGAUUUGUAGUGAGCAAUAGUAAGCAACAAGUAGUGUUUACGGUUGAUGGGUGUGGAGUUCUUGGAACCAAAGACAAGCUUGUCUUGAAAAAUGGUGAUGGUAAAGAUUUGCUUCUCAUCCGCAAAAUGGGAGGAAUGGUACAGGCACUGAACAUGGUACACAAGAAAUGGGAAGGUUUUGGAUACGAUAAUGAAGGAACAGAGAAGCUUCUAUUCACAUUGAAAGAUCCAAAAGAAUCAUGUCUGGUUCAACACGGUUUAAUCAGAAUUUUGGUUCACGGUAAACCAAAGAUAUCAACAUGCAAUAUCUAUAACAACAGCUAUAUCCAGAUCAGUGGCUCUUUCGCAGAAAGAGAUUGCAACAUCAUGGAUUCAGAUGGCAGAAACAUAGCUCAGGUAAGGAUAGAUAAAGAAAUGGAGGAGAUGGUGGGGAACAAGAAGGAUCUUUAUAAUAUAAUAGUCAAAGCAAAUGUGGAUCAAGCUUUCAUCGUCGGUGUCGUUGCAAUACUCGACUACAUCCAUGGCGAAUCCACUAUUUGUUGAUCUAAACUAGUGCAGUAAUACAUUUCUAUAUAAAGUUAUAUCUAUGUAUGUCCGAGACGUGACAUUUUAUUAAACCAUAACAUGUAACUAGUGUUUUUAAAUCCGAAUCGAAUCGGUGAUUGGAUCAGACUAAACUGUGAACCAUGACCAUGAAUAAAACCGAGUUAGUUUGUUACU